AUCAGAGCACAUAGGUGAAAAUUAAAUCCAGAAUCCGAAACUGGGGCGUUUUUCAGUUCACGCGAGGCUUUGUAGUUCCUCUUUGAUCGGGUCUUCUUCCUCCCUACAGUAUCUGCACAUGACUCGUUCAAUCCAUGAAUCCCCUCAGCUCAUAUCUGCAGCAACUCCAUUUAAAGAAUUCGCAGAAAGGUUACUCCUCUUCCAUUCUCAUCUCCCCUCCUUUCUCCCUUCUUGUUUCGUUCACUAUGGAUUCUCCCAAGAUCUCUUUUCUCUCUGCGUUCUCUCUCAUCCUCUUGGUCUUCCUUCCUGUCGUCGCCCAAGGCGAAGGAGGCGUUUUCAGAGUGAAGAAGAAGUACACCGGAGGAGGCAGACCACACAUUAACGUUCUCAAGAAACACGACGAACACCGCCACUCUCGGAUGCUCGCUGGAAAACCCAUUGAUGUUUAUAUGGGCGGCAACCUUACCGUUAUGUUGUGGUAUACUGAUGUAAUGAUCGGGACGCCUCCACAGAAUUUGACAGUGCAUAUUGAUACAGGAAGUCAUAUUCUUUGGGUAAAUUGUGAAGGUUGUCAGGGUUGCUCGAUGAGGAUGGAUUCUCUAGGGAUAAAAUUGUCUUCGUACAACCCGAAGGUUUCUACGAGUGCAAAAAUUGUGGCGCGUGAGGAAAGUAUCUGUGAAAAAGUAUCCCCCAUAUUUGGCAAAAACAUUUCUGAAGGGUUUUGUAAUUUGACUCUCGGCUACGUGGAUGGCUCGGGGACUUAUGGUUAUUUUGUUACAGAUUUACUAAAUUUCAAUCAUGUUUCAAAUAACCAAGAAAAUCAACCAGCCAGAGAAAAUAUCACAUUUGGUUGUGCUACUAAGGUAAUCGGCAACUCAGAAGAAUUGACUGAUCACUUUGUAAAGCUAGGAGUUCAAGGACUAAUUGGUUUCGGACAAGGCGAAGGUUCCUUGAUUUCUCAGCUGGCUUCUUCCGGGAAAGUGAGGAAGCAGUUUGCUCAUUGUUUGGACAACAAGGAUGGUGGAAUUUUCGCAAUUGGACGUGUAGUGCGACCAAAGGUGAAAUUGGCACCAUUGUACCAAGGGCAAGAGCAUUUUUCUAUGCUCUAUACAAUAUUGUUGGAGUCAACAGAGGUUGAUGGUCAAUCAUUAAAAGAAGAAGAACCACGCUUAACUGUUAUUGAUUCUGGUGCAACCACGGUUCGUUUUCCACGUAGAAUUAAUGAUUUCGUUGAGAAACAGAUCUUCUCGAAGCAUCCAAAACUUAGCAAGCACCGUGAUCGAAAAAAUAGCACAUGCUUUUCUUAUUCUUUUGAAAGUUUGGAUAAGGAUUUUCCAACCAUCACUUUACGUUUUAGCAACUCACUUACAUUGAAAGCUUAUCCACAUGACUAUGUUUUUCCAGAAGACGAAGAGAACAAGAAGGAUUCAUGGUGUCUUGCAUGGAUAAUAUCUAAAAGGCGUGUUGCUAUUGGCGAUUUAUUCUUAAGAGAUAAACUAGUUGUCUAUGAUGCUGAGAAUAAGCUCGUGGGUUGGAAGGAAUAUAAUUGCUCCUCAAGCAUUAAAGUUGAAGAUGAUACAACGGGCGGAGUUUGUAACAUUAAUGCACACAACUAUACAGCCCCACUCAGCUAAUCGGAAACGGGAAUGUUCACCAUUUUGCUGCUAUUUCCUUUCCCACUGUUUUUAAUGGAUGGUGCCGCUCAAAUAAGUUCGUUUGAUUAUGUUUUUCCCCCUUUCUUUUUGUACACUGAAUUUUCACGUUUAGAGGUUGUUGACAAUUUUUCCAGGAUUGUUUCCGCUAUCAAUAGGAUAGAAAAAAAAGAGCAAGAUUGUUUUUAUGUGUUUUUUAAUGUGUGUACGUGAUAUAUAAGAUUGCAAUGUGGGAGUAUUUGCAAUUCCUUUUUCGCCUGACA